AUGGACGAAAGUAUUGACAACCGCCUGAACCGCAAGUCGGGAUUCCGUCACCCAGCCAUCCAAGGAGCAAAAGAAACCCGCCUCCUAAAGAUAUCGCAAGACCCAGCAUCGGAGAGCUGGCAAUACGACCUUGUUGCGAUACCGCUAGAGGAUCUCUCUUCGACGCCAUACAGAGCGCUGUCUUAUACGUGGGGAGCGGCCACCUCGUCCGAAGAUGUCCGAACAAUACGAGUCAGCAAUCAGGAUUUCGUCGUGCGACAGAAUCUCUUCGACUUUCUUUGUUCAGCGGAAGCCAGGAAAGAACAGGGACUCUUUUUCAUCGAUGCGAUAUGCAUCAACCAGCUCGAUCUCGACGAGCGGCAAGCACAAGUCCAAGCGAUGGCUCUCAUCUACAGACGUGCAAAAGCUGUAAUAUCCUGGCUCGGAGCACUACCACAGACCCAUUACAGAGCCUGUCGGAUUCUAAGCCACGCAACAGAAGUAUCCUGCAGAAACUGGUCGGAACAAGAAUGGAGAGCACUCAGGUAUCUCUGCUAUGCACCAUACUGGAGUCGCGUCUGGGUUGUGCAGGAGGUCCUACUCUCUUCGCAUCUGCAGAUAUGGUGCGGGCCGUUCGCAUUCUCUCCGCUACUUCUGGGUAGAGCACCACAAUCCCGAGACAUCGUCGUGACGAGAUUCAGUGUGGACGGCAGACCAAGCGUUUUGAAAAGCGAUGCAAGUCGAGUCCGCUCUCCGUCAGAGGCCAUCCUUGGGCACCGAAUGAGACUGCUUUGCCGAAUGACCAAGGACACUACCAAAGAGGCAUCCGUUAUGGGGACGCUGCCAGACAUGACUGCGGUUCUACGCCAGCCCUCAGCGUCCUUUGGCACAUAUCAGUCUCGGGUUCCGGACCAGCUCCGCGACGUCAUCAGAAAGUACGGCCGUCUGCAAUGCACAGACAUACGGGAUCGUCUAUACGGCUUCCUCGGUCUUCUCAAGGACUCCAGUCGCAAGAAGAUCAAGCCGGACUACAAGAGGGGUGUAGAAUACACGUUCUAUCAGGCGCUGAAAUUGGGAUUGGGGGAGCUGUGUCCUGAAGAAGGCGUCGCUCCCUGGGGUCUAGACAGGGCCUGGAUGAACUUCUAUUGCGAGGCGCGCGAUGCCUUCCAAAUGGAAGAUGAUGUCAGCAUCAAGAUAUUCCGACGAGUGUAUCGCGAGCUGAACUUCAAGGAGAGGUUGCAGGACGCAGUAUUUCAGCAACAAUUGGAUCUCAACUAUGGAUGGACAGGACCGGAUGCCGUCCGCUUUAGCGCUUUUGCGCGCAUGAUUGUUGAGGAUGAGCUCGAGGAAGAGGCUCUAGCGGAUGCUGAGGGCCGUCCGUUGGCCAAGUUUCAUAAUAAACAGCGGCAGCUAUGCGAGAAGCUACGUACUGACUUUAUGUCUCAGGUCGAUGAAGAUACGAAGGAGACCGAGGGAGUCUUACAGCAUAUUGUUUCCAUGAUACGAAUGACUCACGACGUUUAUGACUUUACGAUGGACGCAGUAGAGGAUGUGUGCUUAGCGAUACAGUACUGUCUACGAAGGUGUUGA